AUGGGAGAAACUCAAGAAUCAACCGUCCGAAAGUUCGUAAUUAAAACACCGGGAAAGCUUAUCCUUACUGGUGAACAUGCGGUGGUGUAUGGCAAGUUGGCAUUAGCUGCAAGUGUUGACCUGACCACUGAAUUUUUUUUGACAUUACACACCCAUCGUAAACGUUCAUCGUCUAUUUCCGUGUUUUUGGAAGAUUUGAAAUUUGAUUGGUCCCUACCCCUAGCUGAACUGCCGGUUUCGUGUGUUAAAACGACCCCUGAAAUGGAUGUAGAAUUGCUAGAACGUUUAAAAUUGCUAAUAACCGAUAAGGUCCCAUCUGAUACUAGUCAUACUGUCCAAAUGGCCUUGGUGGCCCUGUGCUUCCUGUACUGUUCAGUGGUCGACAGCUCACAAAUGGGUUUCGAAAUACGAGUGAAAUCAACUAUACCCAUCGGAGCCGGUUUAGGAAGUUCUGCCGCUUUUUCCGUUGGGUCUUCUACCGUUUGUCAUCUCCUCCGUCAUCUACAGUCCGAUCACAAUCAAUUCGUCCCGAAUUUGGAUUUAAUCAAUAGUUGGGCUUUUCAGUGUGAAAAAAUGUUUCAUGCUACUCCCUCAGGAAUUGAUAAUGCAGUCUGCACUCAUGGUGGUGUUGUCCAGUAUAGAAAGACAGUCAUAGGUUCAGUAUCUAUUCCGGAAGCUCGUGUCUUGCUAGUGAAUACAGGAGUAGGUCGACAAACCAAGUUAUUAGUAGAAGCUGUUCGUAAACGACGAGAUAAUUUUCCAGCUAUUAUUGACCACAUCCUAGAUGCGAUUGAUAAAAUAAGCUGCAAAAUGGUUGAAGUAAUUCAGCAGCCGUCGGAUGCCAACUAUUCGGUUAUUCAGGAUUUGCUGUCGACAAAUCAUUGGCUGUUGUCAUCGCUGGGAGUAUCUCAUGAUUCAUUGGACGAGAUUCAUCGAUUGGCGAGAGCUAACGAUCAGGCUGGCAAACUUACUGGUGCCGGAGGAGGUGGUCUAGCUUUCGUCUGGAUCAGUCCCACAUGCUCGGAUGAGCAAAUGAAUGCCUUGCAGCGUCAACUCACGCUGAGAAACUACACUUGUUGGCCUACCCGUUUAGGAGUCAAAGGAGUACAAAUUGAAGAGAUAGCAGAUUAAAAUACUAUUUGGCCUUGAAAAAAAAAAACAUUUUUGUGAAUUUCCAAUGUAUUAGUCAAACUUGUAGCAAACUAGGAAUGAGUAAAUUGUUUCCAGAGAUAA